UAAGUAGAUUUAUUAUCACUUCGAAUGUACCAACGUGGGCCUGUUUUUUGGAGUUUGGUGAAGUAUUUUUCCACGCUUUGGCUGCGUAGUUACCGACGGACUUAAGACCUGGAGUGCGUAUUUCACCUGGGGAUGUGGCUUUAUUGUUAUCAUUUUAAUUAUUUUACUACUCAGUGAAAAGCUUUCUUGCUGAUGUGAGGGCAAGCCAUCAUUGACCAUGUCUUUAGCUCGCCUCACUCGGCCACUUUUAAGGUUCUAUUAUCGAAAUCCUAGACUAACUAUACUUGGAAUAAUUAUAUUGGUUGUGUGUUUGACGACAUUGGGUUUUCCUGGUUCGUCUCCUAAAAUUGGAGACAAAUUAGAAGGACUUAGAACUCUGUAUUCCGGUAAGACCUCGAAGCCCAAAGUUACGAACAAUGACUAUGCUAUUCCCUCCAAAGAAUAUCAUUUCGACGAGGUCAAAGUUGACUCGAGUUUGUUUGGUGGAGAGAAAUGUCUGAUGCUGGAUUAUGACCCAUACAGUAAGGCCAUAGCUUCACUGCAAAAGGAUCUUGGCAAACUGGCUUGUUCUGGUCGGGAAGCCACCAAGUUGCAAGGUCAUGUUUUGCAUGUGAAAGGUGUUGGCCUCCAGGAAGUGACGUAUCAGUCUAUUCUGCCAUCUAAGGAUCCUAAAGUGGGAUUCCGUCUUGGUGAUCGUAUGUCUGUGGUUAUGGCCCAAGUGCAGCUUACUCCAGGGCACUCUGGUUCCAUCUCUCAUUUUCUUGGAAAGUGUGUCCAUACUCUUGGUUCACAAACCAGAAGUGGAACACAACUUGUCCUCUAUGAUGAGUGUGGCCAGGACAAGAUUGAGUUUCUCAUGGAAGAGGAUGGUACAAUCAGGCACAAAAUUACUGGAAAGUGUGUUGGCCCAAAAGAAGAAAUAGCAGAGACAAACAAAGGAGUUGUGUUGAUUGACAGGUGUGAUGACUCGACCCGUUUUAAGGGGUUGGACAAUGGUUUCCUCCAGCACAUGUCAAGUGAGAUGUGUGUGCACUUCCAGUCAAUGGAUUUAUCACCACCUAACGAUGUACCAUUGGUGUUUUAUCCUGAUUGUGAAAAAAAUUGGAAACAGAGAUUUGGAUGGGCAUCUGACUUCAGUAAAGGCAAAUCUCGAAGUACAGACACCAGUACAGAUGUAUCUGAGGAGUUUAUCAAAGUCAGUGUACAGUACGCUGAAGAUUUGCCAGGAAAUGUUGAGUCGGAGUACCACAUGCAAGUUUCACCUAAAUUUGACUUAAAGGAACCCAAAGAUAUUGUCAACAAGCCAAAUGUACUAGUUUUCAUGCUCCACUCUGCCUCAUUUUCACAUUUUAGGAGGAAAAUGCCCAAAACCUUUGCCUUUUUGAACAACCUUGCUGGGAAUGUAUUCUUCAAAGGAUUUUCAGUGUUUGAUGAGAGUACAAAAUCCCAAUUGUCAGCAUUGUUCUCCGGGAUACCUCACAACAAAAUAAUGGAGUUUAAUAAUGUCGAUGCAUUGCCAUGGCUACACACCUUGCACAAGGAAAAGGGCUAUGUUACGUUGAUGACGGAAGAUAAGCCCUGCUCUCCUAUGUUCAGUGACACACUCUGUGAUUUUGAGAAUGCUCCAGUAGAUCACUUUGGCUCUCCGUUCUGGGCAGCAGCUCAUAAGACGUACAGCCCUGGACAGAACACAUUCUGCCUGGGCACCCGAGCCAUCCAUAACUAUACCCUUGGCUACAUCCGGGACUUCAUGACCGUCUACAAGGUCCUCCCAAAGUUUGGAAUGGUCCUGUUUUCCGAGCUAAGCUCCUGGAACGCCAAUGGUUUGGGAUACUUGGAUGAGGAUUUUGCCAGGUUUCUGGCCUGGAUGAAGUUGGAAGGGCAUUUGGAUAAGACUGUUUUAACGAUAUUCAGCGACCACGGCUCUCGACAUACAUCUUCUCGUAGCACCCUUCAAGGCAAGCUUGAGGAGCGGAAUCCCUUCUUAUCGAUUACAAUUCCCCCUAAAGGACCCCAACGAUUGAUUGACGCGCUGCCGACACUGAGGAAGAACUCCAAGAACCUUGUGACCGCUUAUGACGUGUAUGCCACUUUGCGAAGAAUCGAGCCCACGAUACCCAAACGUGCAGGGGGCCUGGGGGAAAAUCUGAUGGAGCCGUUGAAAAAGGAGAGUCGUACUUGCGAGGGUUUGGAGAUUCCUCCACAGUGGUGUCCUUGUCUUUCUGUCAAAGCAGCCGAUUCUACCCAGCCGAAAAUCAUUGAAGCUGGCAAGAAAAUCAUAGAAAGCGUAAACCAGAUUCUCAGUAAAAAUCCUGAAAUGACAGAAAAGUGUUCGAAGGUGGAAUUUGGGAAAAUCAAACUCGCAACCAAGUUGACCCCAUACGAGGCUGUCUUGAAGUUCAAGUGGUCCAAAGCAGCAGGAAAAUGCACCGGGUGCGAACCAGUGUACGGAAAGAAACCGGAUGAUAUGUUUUAUGUGCUUUAUGUGGACUCGAAGCAAGGGGCUUCUUUUCGAGCGAUUGUCAACAUCGCUGGCAAAAACACACAUGUCCACCCGCAUAUUGUUAAUGUUAAAUCAAAAGAUAAGUCUUGCUGGAAGAAAAGCGAUAACUGGCAAGUCUGUGUUUGUAAGUAAGACUUCACUCACAGAUUGCAAUCAUCCACAUUCCUCGGGUUCUAGCUAGACCGUACAUUUCAUUAGCUUUUUAACAAACAAGAUCUUAUUUGUGAGUACGUAUCUCCUCUUAUGGAUAGUUGAACGCCAAUUUCUGGUAUGUCCGUAUUUCAUCACAAAAAAAGUGCGUAUGACCCAAGCAGAUCGUAAAGUUGUGUGACUGCUGUUUAUGACACUCUGUGGCGUCUCUAUUACAGGGCGGACGUACAGAAAUGGUACUUUUGUUUUAUGUAAGCAAUUUUCACUGCCCCCCCCCCCCCCCCGCUUUUAAAUAUAACCGAGCAGCAACUGAGAGACCCAGGAAACAGUCAAUAGGCGGGGCCCAAUAGGGGCUUGCUAGACAUAAAAAAUAUCUUUUCAAGGUGGGUCAAUAAUAUGGAGAUGCACAUCAAGUCUUAUAAUAAAAAUAAAAUAAAAAAUUCUACUUGCC